UGUACGUGGAAGGCUGACAGGGUGAGGAGGAGCAACGCUGCCGCUGAGUAUCGCUGCGGCGCCGGGCCCUUCCUCUCCCCGCGCGCGUUGCCUGGUCCUCGCGACGGUGGCAGCAGAUGAAGGAGCCGGCGGGAGGCCGCCUGGAGCCCCUGCCCCGCCAUCCCCGCCGCCCCCAGGGCAAGAAGAUGGGAGCGAAAUGAGCCCCGAACCGGAGCCGCCGCCACUACCGCCGCCGCCGCUUCUUCCUCCUCCUCCUCUUGCAGCGCCGGCCCGGGAAGCGGAGGUGGUGGCCUUGACAGUGGCGGCGGCAGCAGCGGUGGUGGAAGGGGAGGUGGACGCGGCGGGAGGAAGCAGCAAGAAGGGGGGCAGCCGCAUCAUGCUAGUGGGGCGGAUCGGUCUCAAGCCCGGCGGGGGCUCCUCGCAGGGGAUCGGUCGGCCAAGUGUAUACCAUGCUGUUGUUGUCAUCUUCCUGGAAUUCUUUGCAUGGGGUCUGCUCACAACUCCCAUGCUCACUGUCUUACGAGAAACGUUCCCACAACAUACUUUUCUAAUGAAUGGCCUCAUUCAAGGAGUUAAGGGGUUUUUAUCUUUCAUGAGUGCUCCACUGAUAGGAGCUCUGUCUGAUGUCUGGGGAAGAAAGUCAUUCCUCCUUGUUACAGUUUUCUUCACUUGUGUUCCAAUUCCAUUAAUGAAGAUAAGUCCAUGGUGGUAUUUCGCUAUGAUUUCUGUAUCUGGGAUUUUUUCUGUUACAUUCUCUGUGAUAUUUGCUUACGUAGCUGACAUAACACAGGAAAAUGAGAGAAGCACUGCUUAUGGACUGGUAUCUGCCACAUUUGCAGCAAGUUUAGUAACAAGUCCUGCCAUUGGAGCACACCUGUCUGCUUUAUAUGGAGAUAGCCUGGUUGUGCUAGUGGCCACAGUAGUGGCUAUUAUAGAUAUCUGCUUUAUCCUGCUGGCUGUACCAGAAUCUCUGCCUGAAAAAAUGAGACCACUUUCAUGGGGAGCACUUAUAUCAUGGGAACAAGCAGACCCUUUCGCAUCUUUGAGAAAAGUUGGAAAAGAUUCUACAAUCUUGCUGACUUGCAUCACUGUAUUUCUUUCUUAUCUGCCUGAAGCCGGCCAGUAUUCUAGCUUUUUCCUGUAUUUGAGACAAGUCAUAAGAUUUGAAGAUGCUAGCAUUGCUGCAUUCAUAGCAGUGGUAGGAAUUCUAUCUAUAGUUGCUCAGACUAUCUUUCUUAGUAUCUUAAUGAGGUCUAUAGGGAAUAAAAACACAGUACUCCUUGGCCUUGGCUUCCAGAUGUUCCAGCUGGCCUGGUAUGGUUUUGGUUCUCAGUCUUGGAUGAUGUGGGCAGCAGGAGCUGUAGCAGCUAUGUCAAGUAUUACUUUCCCUGCAGUCAGUGCUUUGGUGUCUCGAAAUGCAGACUCAGACCAGCAAGGUGUUGUCCAGGGGAUAAUAACUGGAAUCAGAGGCUUGUGUAAUGGUCUUGGUCCAGCUCUCUAUGGCUUUAUAUUUUUCUUGUUCCAUGUGGAACUUAAUGACUUGGCACCUGUCCAGAACUCUGAUAAAACAGCAUUGCAAGAUCCAAGUGAUGAGAGUGCAAUUAUACCUGGACCACCUUUUCUGUUUGGAGCAUGUGCAGUCCUCCUUGCUUUCCUGGUUGCCUUAUUCAUCCCUGAGCACAGUAAAGCCAGCAGUACCAGAAAGCACAGCAACAGCAUCAGCAGUGUCCAGAGCAACAACCCAGAUCGAGGCAGCGAUGAAGACAUUGAGCCAUUGCUGCAAGACAGCAGUGUAUGAGAGCUAGAUUUUCUUAAUGUUAAUAGACUGCAAGCAAGCAAAAUCCAUGCACUGAGCUCCAAAACUGGAACAGGACUUAACUGGAGUGAGCUUUUGAGCUAUUGGAAACUUUGCACAUUUCACCCACCAAUAAGGUAAAUUGUCCAUUUUGGGCUGGCUGUCAACCACUUCCUGUGUUUUUGUAUAACAGUCCAUGGUAAUUAUUUUUCUGUAUAUGAUGUGCAAAAGCCAUCAAGCUCAAAAUUAAACUGAAAAUGUAGAAAGCUGUUUAUUGGAAAAUGUAAUCUUCAAACAGAAUUGAGUGCCCGCCCAUAUGCACUGUGAGCAGGACACAGCCCCUGCCAAAGCAAUGAAAGGUUAAGUUUUUCCAUUAUGCCUGUUUUUCCAUUCUGUACUCCCAUGUAGCUCUCUUGGGUUUGGGAAAGAAUAUGUUCUGUAUGACUAAGAACUGAAAUGUUUCUGAUGGAUACAGGUUAUAAUAAAAUCCCCGAAUCUAUAUUCUUACUAAUACACUGUCUGAUGCUGAGUAUUGCAUUAUGGCUGCUAGAUGAAAUGUCACUGGAGAAAUUCAGCCACUGCAUAAAAAUUGACACUCUCGCUCCUAAGGAAUUUAACUUAGAGGCAUGUAUAAAGGCUCCAUUAGGAGCCCACUUAAAGGGCUUAGAAGAUUUUCUGCUGAUGGAAAUCUCUGCUGAGAUUUCUGCUCACUGAAUGGCCUAGUGUUACUGGUGUGGCCGGUUCAAGCAUAGGGACUAUUAGUUUAAUGCUGAGGCAACUUAACGUUUAACUGUGUGUAUUUAUUGCAUCAUUUGUCACUCUUCUGCCUAUGAAGCUCUCCCAUUUAUUUCAUUCCUGCCUUAACUGCUAUUUAGCGUGCAUUUGUUAUCCAUUUAUCCUUUAUAUCAAUUUCCCCCAAAGAAUCUCAUGGAAUUAAAAUUAUGAAACUCCUUUCGAAAGGAAGCUUUAAAAGACAGUUUAGUUUCUACAAAGUAUCAUGCUAUAAUUUUUAGAGGCAUUUUAUGAAAUUGCACAGAUUUCUAUGUAUUUUGCGGCAGUGGAAAUGGACCAUUACACAACUCUUAAAGUACUCUUAUGAAUGUUUUAUAUGUAUUGAAUAUAUGUAGAUAUUUGUAAGAAGUUUUACUUUUUUCCAGAUGAGGUACAGUGUAAAUCUUGUAUUUAUAAAUGUAAUGAGGGUGUUGACAGAUAUACAGCUUUUAUAAAGGAUUGUGUAUUGACUGAACAAAAUUUAAAUAUAUAUAAUAUAUAUAUUUUGAAACUUGUUCCGCCUUAAGCAAGGAUAACAAACCUUUUGUACUAUGCAGUUUGGUUUUUAAGUUAAUAAGCUUCCUAAUGCAUAAUAAAUUUGCAACCUAUAUUAUACAA